AUGAUCGACCGUCCACGUGCUGGCACCACCGAGACCGGACUCGUGGCGCGCGGUGGGUCCGGCCCCUUGGCUCCCAGCACGAUCAGCCAAUCACAGCAUCUUUCCCGCCGCCACUCCUCCGAGCAUCGUCACCCGCUUCAUCACCACCAACAUCAAUAUUCAUUCUCCCCUCCAAAUCGCCCCAGCAGAUCCAAGUUCAGCGCCAACGGCAAACCGCGAGAUGCCGCCAUGACAACCCCCGCGCUCAUCAACCCGCUCCUCCUCACCAUCCGCUUCUCAGCCUCCAUCCCCGACCUGGACCUCGACAUACCGUCGCCCCGAACCACCACCGUCCUCUCCCUCAAACACCUCCUCCGCACCCGUCUCGCCACCCGCAACCGCCUCCGCCUAAUCUACCAGGGCCGCAUCCUCCCCGACUCAUCAGCUCUCAGCUCCGUUCUCAAGCAGCCUCCCCCGCCGCCUCCCCCGGCGUCAUCAUCCACCGCCGACACCAAGGGCAAAGGCAAGGGCAAGGCGGUCGAGGGCGCCCCCGUCCGGAUAUACGUCAACUGCUCCAUCGGCGAUGAACUGUCGCCGCGGGAGCUCGCCGACGAGGAGUCGUCUGCCGCAAACCCGCCGCACCAGCCGGACCGCGAGCCUCCCAACCCGGCCGGCCGCGCGGCGCCCCGGCCAAGAGGAUUCGACCGCCUGCUCCAAGCCGGCUUCACGUCGUCUGAAGUGUCCACCCUCCGUACCCAGUUUGCAUCCAUACAAACAGAGCGCUUCACGCCUGAUUCUCUGCCCUCGCCGGAUAGCAUGAGGCGGCUCGAGGAUGCGUGGAUCGACAAUAAUGCAGGCGAGCUACCGAGUGCCGCCAAUCCGCUGGAGGACGAGCUGAGCAACAUGUCCACCGUGCUGGACGUGCUUAUCCGGGGCAUGAUGAUCGGUUUCUUCUUUCCCCUGGGUAGCAUCACGUGGCUGCUGAGGCAGGGCCUUUGGAGCGAGAAGUGGCAGAUUUUCGUGGGCUCCGGCGUCGUUCUGAGCGUCACGGUUGGCAUUGUCAUGGGCAUUUCCGGCGACAGGUAG